GAGAGCAGUGAGGGGAGCUGCCACUGAACUGUAGUUACGAAUGAACCUUCGGUAGAAGUUGGCAAAUCCCAGGAAGCGUUGAAACUCCUUGCGUGUGGAUGGAAUUGGCCAGUCAGUAACUGCCUUGGUCUUGGCCGGGUCCAUCCGGAUGUUGCCAGCGUUGAUGAUGAAGGAUACUUCUGAGGUUUAAACUCACAUUUCUCUGCUUUAACAAAGAGCUGGUUCUCCAAGAGCCUCUAGAAGACUUGAUGUACAUGAACCACAUGCUCCUGCCUGGACUUAGAAAAAAUGAGAAUGUCAUCCAGAUACACAAAAACAGGACACAUUGAGCAGAUCCCGCAGAACAUCAUUGACCAAUCCCUGGAAGACUGCAGGAGCAAUAGUGAGACCAAAUGGCAUGACCAAAUACUCAUAAUGACCACUAGGAGUAUUAAAGGCCGUCUUCCACUCGUCACCCUCCCUGAUUCUCACCAAAUGGUAAGCAUUGCGGAGGUCCAGUUAGGUGAAAAUGGUUGCUCCUUGUAGCAGUUCGAAAGCAGAAGAGAUUAAGGGAAGAGGGUACCUGUUUUGGAUGGUGAUUAAGUCCCCUGAAGUCAAUGCAAGGUCACAGAGGGGAGGCAAAAGUCAUGUCCUUUUCAGAGUUUAUAGUCCGACUCACCAGCACCCUCUGGAAGACUUUGUGAGCCAUGUCUUUUACUGGACAAAAAGACGCAAAAUGGCCACCCUGACCACAGUACAGACACCUGUUCUCCCUUAGGCGACGCUGUAGACAUGGCUGGUUAACCCGCACAGGUGAAGCAGUUAACCGAACUCUCUCCCUCUGUCGCUCCCGCAGAUGACCGUCUAUGUGGAUAGAGAGAGAGACCAGUGCGUCCAAAUCAGCAGGAAGAUCACGGGCCAUGAGCUCCUCCUUGAUGUAAUCUGAGAGGCAUCAAAGAGCGAGACAGCAUUCCAGUUGCUCUCAGUGGCUACAAUAGGGAACUUGAUAGAGUAAUUGGAUACAGACCUUCCUCCCUGCGUCAGGUUAAACAAACCUCUCUUCCUGGUGUGACAUGGUCGAAGACUUUCCGCACCUCAUCGGAGAACAGCUUGACAGACGAGCAGAUGGUGGAUUGCUUCUCCCACUCUGCAGUUCCCCAGUCUCUAGCUCUGCCGGUAAGCAGAGAGACGUAUGUAGAGAUGUAUGCCACCUGGGACCUUUCGGUAGGAAAGGCGGAAGGCUGGAGUUCAAAGGCGAGGGAACACUGCACGAGGAAUGGCCAGCAGGAACUUGAAGCACCCGAAUAACAUUCAAGAAGGCAAACGAGCAUCCGACACCAAAGGAGUUUGUGCAGGGCUGAUGACGAGCUGCCAUCUCCUGCAAACCGCUUGAAAUGGAGGGGGCGUCACAGCCAGGAGGACGGUAUAAAGCUGAGUGCCAGCCUUGGAGAAACAACAGCACCACAGAGGAGUUUGAAGACUUAGACACUGCUACAUACUCAAGAGAAAAAACUGAAGUCAUGGACUCCAUCACACAUCAACAGAGCAAUGACCCAGGACUCAAAAAAUCCAAGUCUAGGAAGAACAUCAAUCACUUCACAGAUGUGCAUGGUCUACCUUCCAUCGAGAAGAUUGUGACCUCAGUGGAGGACACUCCUGAGCCCAUCACCACCAACAUCAUUGGCAAAAUCCCAGAAUGGAUCAACGGGAGCUUCUUGAGAAAUGGGCCUGGGAAGUUCGAGAUUGGAAACCAGAAGUUCAACCACUGGUUUGAUGGUAUGGCUCUCCUGCACCAGUUCAAAAUAUCCAACGGUCAGGUGACAUACAAAAGCCGCUUUCUGUCCAGUGACAGUUACCAAUCCAACAAGGAACAUAACCGCAUAACAGUAUCGGAAUUUGGCACUGUCAACAUGCCAGACCCCUGUAAAAAUUUCUUUCAGCGCUUCCUGUCAAGAUUUGAAUUACCAAAGCCUACAGAUAAUGCAAAUGUGAGCUUUGUGACCUACAAAGGGGACUAUUACGUUAGCACGGAAACCAACAUCAUGCACAAAGUGGACCCUGAGACACUAGAGACAACUAAAAGGGUGGACUGGAGCAAAUUCAUUGCUGUGAAUGGGGCGACUGCACACCCUCACACUGAGCCUGACGGAACAACGUACAAUAUGGGAAAUUCCUACACCUCUAAAGGAGCGUAUUACAACAUCAUCCGGGUGCCACCGACCAAGGAAACAGCUGAGGAAACCCUGGAAGGAACUACAGUGCUCUGCACUAUUCCCUCAGUGGACAAGUCCAAACCAGCCUACUACCACAGCUUUGCAAUGUCUGAGAACUACGUGGUGUUCAUUGAGCAGCCCAUCAAGAUGAAUCUGUUGAAGAUUGUGACAGGCAAGCUGAGAGGGAAAACCAUUGCUGAUGGCAUUUACUGGGACCCAAAACUCAACACAAUCUUCCACCUGAUUCACAAGAAGACGGGAAAGGUAAGCUCCGUCAAGUACUUUGCCCUCCCGAUGUCAACCUUCCAUCAGAUCAACGCAUAUGAAGAGGACGGCUUCUUGGUUCUAGAUAUGUGUGCUUCAGAUGAUGGCCAGGCAAUCGCUAACUACAACGUCCAGAACCUGCGCAAGUCUGGAGAAGCUCUUGAUGAGGUUUAUAACACCCUAUGUAGAGUCUUCCCUCGGCGUUUCAUUCUACCUCUCAGUGUGAACGAAGAUACACCCUAUGACUGCAACUUGAACAACCGGCCCGACAGCACAGCCACGUCUAUGAGAACUGCCAAGGACAAGGUCUUCUGCACCCAUGAGGACCUCCAUGGGGAGGAUCUUCAUCAAUAUGGCGGUCUGGAGUUCCCUCAGAUAAACUACGGAAAGUACAACACCCACCCCUACCGCUACUUCUAUGGCUGCGGCUUCAGACAUCUCGUAGGAGACACACUGAUCAAGAUGGACCUCCAUGGGAAACACAUGAAGGUGUGGGAACAACCUGGUCUUUAUCCCUCAGAACCAAUCUUCGUACCCUCCCCUGAUGCCAAAGAGGAGGACGAUGGUGUCAUCUUGUCUGUCGUCAUCACUCCGAAUAAGGACAAGAGUACGUUCCUCCUGGUUUUAGAUGCCAAAACGUUUGAGGAGCUGGGCAGGGCAGUGGUUCCUGUCAACAUCCCAUACGGUUUCCAUGGUACAUUCAAUGCCACAGCAUAGACAUGUAAGAGAUAUGCUGAUAGAUGCAGAUGAAUGUUAUAUACAAUGUAAAUAUUGACUGUGAUGUUUUGUUCGUCUCAUCAUAUGUGUGAAUUUAGGUCACUACACAGAUAUGUAUAGUUUAGUUUGGACUUGAAAAAAAGUUAAUUCAUGUUGUAGCUGUUAAGUUGAUGUUCCUUCUGGAAAUCUGUCCUGUUGUAAAUAGGCUGUUUUUUCUAUUCUUUAAAGCUUUGUUCUGACUAAUUUAAUUCAAGCUGAUUUAGGUGUUAAGGGCUGUGCGUGGGUGGCUGAAAUAGGUGGGGAAAUUAAGAAAAUGUCUGUUUUUCAAAUGUAUUCUUGCUAUUCUAUGCACACACUGUCACUGCAAUGAAAAUAAUGUACAGAAAAGGUUUUUAUGGCAUGCCAUUUUCUCAGAGCCAGAAACAGAUAAGUAAAUGCACACUUUGGCACAGGAUCCACAUAAUGUAGAAAGCUAUGACACUGUGAAUACUCUGAAUAAAAAGAAAAGUGUACAUAAAUGUUCGGUCUAUGAAGCUGAGUGUUGCACGGUUGCACCCUCUGCUGGCCAGCCAUCUCUCUAACAGUUAAAUACAGCUGGGUCUGGAAAUAUUUGGACAGUUUUUAUAAUUUUGUCUCUGUGUGCCCCCACAAUGGAUUUGAAAUGAAACAACCGAGAUGCAAUUGAAGUGCAGACUUUUAGCUUGAAUCGAGGAGAUAAACAAAAAAUAUCAUAUGAAACGUUUAAGAAUUGCAACUGUUUUUAUACACAGUGGCCUCAUUACAGAUGCUCAAAUGUAUUUGGACAAAUUAACAGAUUAAAUAAAAUGGUUAUUUUUAGUACUUUGUCAAGAAUCCUUUGCAGGUAAACUGUUUGAAGUCUGGAACUCAUCACAUGCUGGGUUUCCUCUUUUGUGAUGCUUUGCCAGGCCUUUAUUGCAGCUGUCUUGUUCAUGGUCUUUCUACCUGAAGUUUUGUCUUCAGGAAGUGAGAUGCUCAAUCGGGUUGAGAUCAGGUGAUUGUUUUUAUCAUUGCAGAUUAUUCUGCUUCUUUGCUGUAAAAAAAUUAAAAACAAAAAAAAAAACUCCUGUCCAUCUGUAAAGUGAAGCACGGUCCAACCAACUUCCAGCUGCUUCCAUCACAUUAUCAAUAAACACUAGUGACCCAUGCCAUCACACUGCCUCCACUGUGUUUUACAGAUGAUGUG